GGUUGAGAACCACUGGUGUAGGACAACCCAUGGCAAAUGAGAUACAUGUUGAAAGAAUAUUUGUAGUCACUUCAAAAUGAUGCUUUCGCUACAGCAUCUACUGGCAUUCCUGAGCCUCCUAUACAAGGUCCUUAGGGCACUUUGUUUUACUUCCCUCCAUCAGUCACAUCUCCUCUGUCUUUGUGCCUCCAAGCUACUGUUUAGCAUUCUUUGGGUCUGUCUUAUAGACACAUCUGUUAUUUCAGUCUUUGAUAUGGAAGGUAAUUGUAUGGUAUGAAUGCCCUUUCCCGUUUAGAUUACUGCAAUCUCCUACUAACCGGCCUCCCAGACUCCCACCUCUCUGCAAUCAGUCUUAAACUCUGCUGCCAGGAUCCUCCUGCUCUCUCCUAAGAGGGAACCUGCUCAGCCUCACAACCAUGAGGUUACUUCAGCUAUGUCGACUGCCAAUCCUUGGGAUAGGACUAUUGGUCCUUAUGGCUAUUGGUUUUACCAUUCAGCUCCUGGGAACCCACUUCCAGAAAAGGCUCCCUCAGACCUUCACUCUACUGCGCCCUCUCUCCUCACCCUCAACAAGAACUUGUCGGCCAAAAUCUCACAUAGUGUUCCUGAAGACCCACAAGACUGCUGGAAGCACCAUACUGAAUAUGUUACACCGUUAUGGGGACAGGAACUCACUAACGUUCGCUCUACCCCAGAAGUAUCAGUUCAACUACCCUAACCUGUUCCAUGUACGUAGGGUGAAAGGGUAUAAUGAAGUCAACAAGCCAACGUACGAUAUCCUGUGCCACCACAUGCGCUUCAAUCUCCCAGAGGUCAGGAAGCUGAUGCCUGCAGACUCCUUCUACUUCACAAUUCUACGGGAUCCAGCCACCUUGGCAGAGUCUUCUUUCUCUUAUUAUCGCUUGGUUUCAUCCGCCUUUAAGAAAGCCCCCAACUUUAAAGCAUUUAUUGCUCACCCUUCUCACUACUACAAUCCAGGGGAGAGAUCAAACCACUAUGCACACAAUCUUUUGUGGUUCGACCUAGGAUUUAACCCUGACACCCCAUUCAAAGAAACCGUGGCCAAAGCUGGAGCCAGGGCGGUAGAGGGAGCUUUUCAAUUGGUUCUACUCUCUGAGUACUUUGAUGAAUCAAUGGUCCUUCUCAAGGAAGAACUUUGCUGGGAUCUUGAUGACGUAGUGACUUUUAAACUCAACACCCGUGAGGCUUCUACGCCUUUGGAAAAAAGGGAGAUAGACAGGUUACGGGCCUGGAAUGCCCUAGACUGGUACCUUUAUGUCUACUUUAACCGUACCUUCUGGGAGAGAGUAGAGCAUUUUGGGAGAGAGAGGAUGGACACUGAAGUUAGGAGGUUGAGAGAAAGAAGACAACAGCUAGCUGAGAUAUGUCUGGAAGGGAUGAAUCCCAUAAGAGCGGAUCAAAUCAAAGAAGAGGGCAUCAAGCCAUUCCAGUUUGGGCAAGAUAAGAUCCUGGGGUGGGUAGUAAAAAGGGAUCUUGAGCCCAACACCCGGGCACGGUGUGUCCAAAUGGUAACUCCGGAACUGCAAUACAAGGACAUUUUGGACGCAAGGCAGUUUCCAGGAGGGACACGAAGUGGGCCAUCAGGGACCUCAGUGAAGCUUCUAGCAUCUUAGAAGAUUCUUAAGUUAAAAACAGAACUGUAAUUGAGGUGGGUUUUAGGAAUAAAGUAAUUAGCUUGGGUUUAUUGGACCUCAGACCCACAAGAGUUUUACAAGGAUGCUGUCAUCAAGACUACUUUUCUCCAAGCUGCACUCCUUUCACAUGAAUGUGAUCCAAUCUUCAGUACGAUGGGGACUCUGGGCAGGAAUGGCUUGCUCCCCUCACCCCAAGAAAUGGAGCUGCCCUCAAAUGUGAUUAUCAUUCACCUGUGGAUCAUACCAGCGCUGUUUGGAGGGGGGAUCAGCCAUUACUUAACAAGACUAUCAUAGGGUAUUCAGUAAAAAUCAGCCCUUACAGACUGAGAUGCUUCUGAAUGGCCUUGAUCAAAAGUUAUUUUUCUUUUUGUAGGAAAUGUAUUUUGUAAUGUUGAGUUUGUAUAUUUAUAGAGAUUUUUAUACUAGUGUGCAGUAAACACACUCUUUCACUUUUA